UUGUCACGUGAGACGUGAGAUCGAAGAGACGUAAGCCGUAUCUCGUGCGAGCACUGACCUUCGACACUAAUGAGUUAGAAACAUGAAAACUAAAACAUACGUUGCUCAAAAGUGAAAAUGGCAGUUUUUGAGAAAAAGAAAUCUACAAGAGUGACACUUGAUGAUACUGUUCCAUUGACAUGUUUGAUUGAGGCGGCUCAGAAUGUUCAAACACAUACGGAUUAUGUCAUCAGAGUCCAGAGGGGCCCUGCUCCUGAAAAUAACUGGCAGAUAAAUAGAAGAUACAGUGACUUCGUGACUUUAAAUGAUUGCCUUAAGAUUACUGGAAUCGAAUUCCCAUUACCGCCCAAGAGGAUGUUCGGCAACAUGGAGCGCGAGUUCAUUGCAGAACGGCAGGCCGGAUUGCAGAAUUACUUGAAUAUGCUGCUACGAAACCAUAUGGUCGCGACCAACUUCAUCGUUUGCAAGUUUCUAGAUCCGUCAAGUUACCCAACAGAUCUUCAUGAGGUUGCUCUCCAACAUGUUUCCAUGUUUUUCCGGUCGGAGCCUCACUGGGAAGUUGUGGAACCGUUAAAGGAUAUUGGAUGGCGGCUAAGGAAGAGUUACUUCUUAGUGAGACCUAAAGAUCAACCCAAAGUAAAACAAGUUCUGGCAUGGGUAAGUAAGUGUGAGUCAAAGGCUACGUUUGCAAACUUAAGGAAAAAUCUUCAACAAGAUGAGCUUUUUCUUGAGAAUAAGAAAAUUGGGCUUCUAUUUGAGAUUUUAUGCACAUUAAGAGAUUUCAUCUGCAAGGCUAAACCAAAGUUUCACUUUUUGAGAAAAUAUUGCAAACCAAAGUCUUUCACAGAAUUCAAUUUAAUGAACAUUAAAACAUAUGGUAGACAGAUACUUGAGGCAUUGAAGUUCCUACAUGAGAAAGGCCUUCCAUAUGGCCACUUGCAUGCAUCGAAUGUGAUGUUAGAAGGCAACACCUGUCGACUUCUCGAUAUUGAAAACAGUCUGCUUGGAUUACCAUCAUAUUAUAGGAUGUAUUUUACUCAAUUUAAAAAGAUUAAUACAACGGAAGCAAUUGAUGUUUACUGCUUUGGUCAUUUGCUCUUUGAAAUGGUGUUUGGUGAGCAGCUCAACGGAGCUUCAAAAGACAACUUCCCGCACACAACUCCACCGUCUAUUAAAUCUGUUUUGGAAUCAAUAUUAAAUACAGAAUCUUGUAAAACUAAGCUACCCAGUAUAGAUGAGCUGAUUGACAAUCCGUUAUUUAGUGAUGUAACAAUGCCAGGAGGAGACCGUCCGCAAUUUAGAAUUCCAAGCAAACUUAAAGAACCCCUCAAGGCUUGCAAAGAAAAUGGAAUUGAAAAACGAUUGAAAGAAGAACAGAAACAGAUUUCAUCGUACAGAAGGUUAUCAAAAGCCCACGCCCACCACAAUUCAGCCGAAGAGAAAAAGAAACGAAAAAAGGUGUCCAUGAAGAAAAGGAUGUCGGAGCAAACAUUAUCAGAAGACAGGUUAUCGCCUGGCGUAACGAGUAACGGUACAACUAGUCCAACAUCCAAUGGAGGUUCAGGGUCCACCUCUCCAUCCAGUGCUCCAACAUCACCUGCUAGUUCCACCACAUCACCAGGAUCGGUACCACCACCACCACCACCUGCCCUUGCACAUGCCCCUUCCCCUCAAACAAACGGAUCAACUCAAAAGAGGGGUGCACUAUUGGAUUCUAUUCAAACGUUUAAAGCCGGAGCGCUGAAAAAGACGGAGACUCGAGAUGGUAGCGCACCAAGAGUUUAGAUUGAACUUGUUUUGUGAAUGUUUCAACUUUUUUAUUUUAUUUUAUGUAAUUGAUCAGACUCCAAAGGUUUACAAUUUGAGGAAAGUUAACUUCAGAUUAAAUAUAAUACAUAUCUUCCUCCAAUUUAGGUGCAAAAAUAAUCACUAUAAAGAUAAAAGAGUGGUGUUCAUCCAGAGUCAGACAGACUGGUCUUUAAUUGGAGGGGUCUUGGAACUGUAUAUGUGAAUCGCAAAGUAGAGAAAAAAUUACUGUCAUCAUUAAUUACAAAGAUAUUUCAAUAAUUCAAAAGAAAAUCAAAGACAAAAACAAGAUUAUGCCAUCCGUUGUUGAGUAUGUGAGAAACAUGUAUGAACUUAAUUUUUUAUGCCUUGUUUCGCAAACCUGCCUCCACUAAAAAAUAACAAAAAUUAUGAAUUUCUAUUUAUUAUUUCUAUGAAAUCUUUCAAGAAAAAGUCUUUAUUUCUUCUCACAAUUUAGUAUAUAAAGCAUUUACCAAUCUAUUCUACAUUGCAAUAUUGCAUUCUUUAUGACUACACGGUAGGAUCUUGAGCGAGUGGCUAAGUUUGGCCUCUGGUGUUAUUGUUCAGUACAAUUGUUUUUUUCUACAUACAGUAGAUCCUAUUUGCAAAACCGUUUUGCUAAAUUAAAAAUGUCUGCCCUCCUCGAUCCAAAAAAAUAAAGUUUGAUACGUAAAUUGCCGAAGCCACUUGUAAAUGUUGAAGUAGAAAGUUAUUUUGGUUAUGCAGCAAAAACAAGGAUCAGAUUUCUAUGUGUUGCUGAAGUCAAGUCAAAUUCUGGUUCACAUUUGGUAAAUUAUUCCAGAUCUGGUCUGCGACUAGCAAAAAAAAGGUCGCGAUUCUCGAGAAUCUGUCCAUACCUAGACACAACUUGCACACUCUAUAAACAAAACUUUUUUUAGAAAUCUAGAAUUGAAUUUCAUUCAAUAGAAAUCAAGAAAGAAGUGUCAUCAUCAGAUUAACCAUUAUAGCCAUUAUCAUCACCAUAAUUAUCAAUAGUGACAUCAUCAUUAUCGUCAUCAUCAUCAUUUUUUUAUGGCAUUUCUUUUAAAAUACCCAUCAUUCCUUGCUGGGAACUAAAUAUUAUAUAUUAAUGCUUGCAGUACACAAUAUAGGUAGUGAUUCACUACCCAAACAUUGUGUAUUUCUCUUUUUGGAAUUUUUUGCAGAUGUUAUUCUACGGAAGAUGAUUAAAGCAUCUCAAUCGAAACAAUUCUCAACCAACAGCAGUUCUUUUCAGAACUAUCUACAUGGUGUACCGCAAGCAUUAAUAUAUUAUAACUAAUAAUAUUAUUACUUCGCCAUGCAAACCUUCAAACUAAAUAUUGUUAUUACCUUGUGUAAAUAGGUGAGAACAGUGCAUUAUUUUUCAUGCAACAAUUACAUUUGUGAUUUAUUUUGAAGAACCUCAAAUUUAAAAGCCUUUAGCUGAUGACGUACAUGCUGAAAUAUUCAACACGUUCCUUGUUGUAAUUAAAAAAAUGUAUAUUAUAUUGAGCUUUUGAUUCAUUGUAUGAAUUGACAAGCAGAAAUUUAUAUAUGAUAUGAUACAAACUUUGAUUAUAUGCUGCCAAUGUGCAUUCAACUUAGCUUCCUGAAUAUUGCAAUAUGUAGCAUGAUACCUGCAGCACACUGCCACGCUCCUUACAUUGACGUAGCAUCUAAUAUCAAUGUUUUCCAUACAUUUAUUGGUGUAGUUUGUAGCAUGUAGUACCUACAACAUUGUAACACAUGUAGCAUAUUUGAUAAAGUAGCAAGUAAAAUACUGUAACACACAUUCAUAGUAUAUAUAGCAUCUACACUGUAAUCGCUACAGCAACAGAUAACAUGUUGCAUGUUCAGUAAUGUAGAAAGUAAAACACAUAAUGUAGUAUGUACUGUAGCAUAUACCCACUUACAAUAUUGUAAUUCAUAAUGUAGCGUGUAAAAUAAUCGUAAAACAACUAUGGAUAUUAGUUCUUGCAGGAGCCCUUGUGUGCAUACAAAUUUUUCCCGAGGCCUAAAACUGAAUAGUGCAUGGAAAACUACUAUACUAAUUGCUUUAUAAGCCAGACCUUAAAAGCAAAUUUGUUGAGUUUGCAAUCUUACUACUCCUUGGUAAUAUUCGCAACAUUGAAGUACCAUUGUUGAGAAACGUAGAAUGCUGUAUUCUCUACAACGUUGUAGCACAUCUUUACAACAAAUAAUGUAGCACAUCAUAACUAUAAGUUCAUCUUGAGAAAAAUAUUGUACUUAAUAACUUGGAAUACACAUUGAAAAUUGAAACUAGAUUAUUUUACAUAAUAAAACUAAAAAUUGUCCACAAGAAUAUUAAUGUUGAACUUAGGAGUUGCAGAGCCAGAGCGAUUAUCAUACUUGAUGAAAUUUAGUGCAUAUGGUAAACUAUUAUUAUUUUGAGGAGUGGUAAAUCUGGGAGUCUUGGAGCAGGGGGGGUGGUGGGGGG